GUUUGUGGAAGAACAAGUAUAAUUUACGUCAAUGUAAAAUCCUAACAACAACGUCCUAAAAACGGAUUAGUUUGUGGAAGAACAAGUUCUGGGUAUUACUAGGAGAACUACGCAUUACUAAGGAAAAUGCAAAAUCCGCAGUGCACAUUCAUUUGUUUUGAUUAUGGGGGAUAUUAUAUGAAAGAUGGGGCUGAAAUAAAAUGGUUCUCAGGAGAUGGUGAAGGAGAAGAUGAAAUUCACACGAUUUUGUUUAGGAAGUCAAUGGAGGAGAUCACUUACUCUGGUUUGGUUGAGUGUAUUUGCAGAAAGAUAAAGGUAGAUGAAUCUAAGGUGAAAGUGAAGAUUAGUUACUUUCCAAUGGUAUUGUAUUCGUACAAGCCAUCAUACAUCCGGAAUGAUGACGAAAUCUUUGGUUAUCUACUGCAAGUAAACCAUGAGAAGUGUAGAAGUGUUCUACAUGUGGAGUUCAUCAAUGAAGAAGUGAAAUUUUCAGAAGAGGAUGAUGAAAUUGAUGGCUAUGUCGGUCUAUCUGAUAGAGAGGCUAUAGAGGCUGGUGAUGAGGAUGGUACUGAGAAUGAUGAAACUGAUGCCUAUGUUGGUAUAUCUGAUAGAGAGACUAUAGAGGCUGGCGAUGAAGAUGGUAAUGGUGGUGUGCUCACUUUUGACGAAGACAUUGAGAUGCAUGAUGGUGUCAAUCAGACACGGGAUGAUGGUAUGGAUUUGGUUAUAGGUCAAGAAUUUUUAACCAAGGAGGCAGCAAAAGUUCUUAUUCAAACCGCGUCAUAUCAAAAUUGUUUUGAGUUUGAUAUAAUUAAGUCGGAUACUAAGAGAUUUGUGGUUAAAUGCCGAGGAGCCAAAGAUGGGUGCAAGUGGUUUGUGCGAGUUGCAAUGGUGAAGAAUUCAGAUAUUUGGUCGGUUAGAAGUUAUUUCAAGCAGCAUACAUGUUUUGUCGUUACAAGAGAGGUUGGUGAUGAAGAUGGUACUGAGAAUGAUGCAAAUGAUAAUGACGUUUUUGGUGGUGUGCUCACUUAUCACCAAGACAUUGAGAUGCAUGAGAAUGGCAACGGAAAAGAUGGCAAUGAGUUUGAAGAUACAGAAGUAAGACCAGCAGCUAACUAUGAGCCAUGGGAUGAUGGUGUGGAUAUGGUUCUAGGUCAAGAAUUUACCACCAAGGAGGCAGCAAAAGUUCAUAUUCAGAAAGCUUCACAUCAGAAAUGUUUUGAGUUUGAUAUAAAGAAGUCGGAUACUAAGAGAUUUGUGAUUAAAUGUCGAGGAGCCAAAGAAGGUUGCAAGUGGUUUGUGCGAGUUGCAAAGUUAGAAAACUCAGAUCUCUGGACGGUUAGAAGUUAUAUCAAGCAGCAUACAUGUUCUAUUGUUACUACUAGAACACUGCGUGAUAGAAGGAAAGGCACAAAACAAAUCGUUGCAUCUGUUUUGGCUCAAGAUUAUCCUGGUACAUUUGACACACCAGUUCCCAAAGUUCUGAUCGAUUUGGUUCAUCGCAAAGUUGGUGUGAAAGUAUCAUACACCGCCGCAUGGAGAGGAAAAAGAGAAGCUGCUAAUGAAGUGCGAGGGAGUCCAGAAGAGAGUUUUACUUUACUACACUGUUAUAUGCACAUGCUGGAACAAACCAAUAUUGCCACAAGAACACUUGUAGAAGUGGAUGAGCACCAAAGAUUUAAGUAUCUGUUUUUUGCACUUGGAGCUAGCGUAGAAGGGUUCCGUGCAAUGAGGAAAGUCCUCAUUGUGGAUGCAACACACCUCAAGAAUGUUUAUGGUGGAGUUCUCUUUGUUGCGACAGCUCAAGAUCCCGAUCAUCACCACUACCCAAUUGCAUUUGGUGUAGCAGAUGGUGAGAAUGAUCAAAGCUGGAUAUGGUUUAUGGAACAGUUGAAAUUAGCGAUAACUGAUGUCCCCGGAUUGGUGUUUCUUUCAGAUAGAAACAAAAGCUUAAUCAAGGCAGUACGUCUAGUGUUCCCUAAGGCCGAACAUGGGUAUUGUAUAUGGCAUUUAUCUCAGAAUGUUAAAGGCCACGUCCAUAACAACGAAGGCCACGUCCAUAACAACAAAGGAUACAUAUGUCUGAUUGGGUUAUACCAGAAGAAGUUAGAGCAAAGAAAAUACUUCCUCCGGAUUUUGAAGUCAAGAAAGGAAAACCACAACAAACAAGGUUUCCAUCGGUAG